AGCUUCAGCUUAAGACGUCAGUGUUUUGGGAACACUGAUGUUUGUUGAUUUGAAAGAAUUACUUUCAUUGUGCAUAAUUUUCCUUGGGCUGGUUUUAUUUAAUUCAGUGCCUACAUAGUCAUGACAAUGUAUCAUCAUGUUGUUUGACUGUAAGUUAAUUGAUUUUAUUUCUUUUUAAAAAAGUUUUUAAGUGUUUUAUUUAUUUUUGAGAGAAAGAGAGAGAGACAGAGACAGAGAGAGAGAGAGAGGAAGCACAAGUGGGGGAGGGGCAGAAAAAGAGGGAGACACAGAAUCUGAAGCAGGUUCCAGGCUCUGAGCUGUCAGCACAGAGCCUGAUGUGGGGCUCGAACUCAUGAACCGCGAGAUCAUGAACUGAGCCGAAGUCAGACUCUCAACUGCCUGAGCCACCCAGGCACCCUGAUUGAUUUGAUUUCUGAGUUAACUCGUAAGGAAUCCUUGUAAGGAAACUUGGGGUUGAAAUGGAAGUUUUAACAGCAGAUGUGGAAUGCCUUCACAGGGAUGGGCCCUCGAUUCAAAAACCCCUCAAAGUAUUUUGGCUUUCAAAAAAUUUUCUUCCACACUAAUCUCAUUCUUGUUUUAGGAUCUUUCUUAAAGCCUUCAUUCACUAGUUGUGACAUAGCUGGUGGUGAAGAAAGCAUAAAAUGUGUUGUAAUUGCUGAUUUUAGUAAACAGUAAUUGCUCUUUAAAAUUAUUUGUGUGUGUGUGUGUGUGUGUGUGUGAGGUUACAAAAGUAAUAUGAACUCAUGGCACAAGCCUGAAACAAUAUAGAAAAAGUAGAGGAAAGAAAACACUUUUGCCUCUACUUAAUAAUCCAUGGCAAAGAGAUCUGUCAUUGCCCUUUAGGGAAAAUUCAGACAAGACUCCAGUUUUCAUGCAGUUAGGGACUGGGGUUUAAGAUAGCUAAUCUAUCCAGUCACUCUCUGCACUAGAUUUCAAUCAGUUGAGAAAUACAAAGUACCUGAGAAGGAGCCACUAUGGACUUUAUUAUUUUAAGGUUGGUUUGGAGAGCUGAGAUCAGCAGGAAUUCUCAGGCCCUUCACUGGCCUGGUCACGGGCCAGCAGCUGGGCCAUCAGAAGGGAGCAGGCAAGGGCUGGGCCCGCCUGGGGGGAGGAAGCAGUGGGCAGGCAGACACAGGCAGACUCUGGCAGAGAACAAGAGAAAAGAAAACCAUUUAGGUGUCAACCCUGAUGCCUAGGGAAAUGAGAACAGAAACACCGGAUGAUGCCAGAUUGAUUCGCGUCUCCUGUCCAGAGAAGGCCAAGGAAAGGGAUCUUGCUGGGAUCUUCAUGGAUUCGCUUGCUGCAGCAUACACAAGGUUUGGGUUUAAUCUUUUCCGAAAGCUGAAUAAGACAAAAGAUGGCAACAUCUUCUUUUCCCCCGUGGGCAUUUCAGCUGCCAUCGGCAUGCUCGUCUUCGGGACCCAAGGAGCCACCCCGGCCCAGUUACGGAAGAUGCUCUCUUCUGAAAAAGAGGCAGGGAACUCAAGAAUCAAAGCCGAAGAAAAAAAGAUUGAGAAGACAGAAGAGAUACAUCACCAAUUCCAAGAGUUUUUGAGUGAGAUAGGCAAAUCCACUAAUGGUUAUGAACUAAGAAUAGCCAACAGGCUCUUUGGAGAAAAGACAUACCUCUUCCUUCAAAAAUACUUAGAUUAUGUGGAAAAAUAUUACCACGCUUCUCUGGAACCUGUUGACUUUGUAAAUGCAGCAGACGAAAGUCGAAAGAAGAUUAAUUCCUGGGUCGAAAGCCAAACAAAGGAAAAAAUCAAGGACCUGUUUCCAGAUGGUUCUCUAGACAGCUUCACCAAGCUGGCGCUGGUGAACACAGUUUAUUUUAAAGGGCAAUGGGACAGGGAGUUUAAGAAAGAAAAUACCAAAGAGGAAGAGUUUUGGCUGAAUAAGAGUGUGAGCAAAUGUGUGCCAAUGAUGACACAGACCUGUACCUACAGCUUCACUUUCCUGGAGGACUUACAAGCCAAGAUUCUGGGAAUUCCGUAUAGAAACAAUGACCUAAGCCUGUGUGUGUUGCUGCCCAAUGACACAGAUGGCCUGGAGAAGAUUAUAGAUCAAAUAACUCCAGAAAAUUUAGUAGAGUGGACUAACCCGGGGCAUAUGGAAGAAAGGAACGUGACCUUGCACUUACCGCGGUUUGAAGUGGAAGAUGGGUACGAUCUGGAGGCCCUGGAGGCCGUCUUGGCAGCCAGGGGGCCGGCAGACGCUUUCAGCGAGUACAGAACGGACUCUCUGGGGCUGUCCUCACACUCCGGGCUGCAGGCGAAGAAGUUCCUGCACAGGGCCUUUGUGGCGGUCACCGAGGAAGGGACUGAGGCCGCAGCAGGCACCGGUGUGGGCUUUGCUCUCACACUGGCGCCGGGUUGUGAACAUUUUCAUUGCAAUCACCCUUUCCUGUUCUUCGUCAGGCACAAUGAGUCCAACAGCAUCCUCUUCUUUGGUAGAUUCUCUUCUCCUUAGGACAGUCAUGGCCUUGGCGGAAAACCAGUGUUAGAGUAUCAGUUAAGACUACGGACAUAGCCCAUUAUUUAAGAAAAAUUGUCUUACUUGCUUGCAUUCCAAUCUUACCAUCAAAAUCAAUGACCCGGAGACUGUAACAGGGGGCGUGUGUUUAUAAUUCUCCUUAAAGCUGAAAUGUCCUUUUGUUCGUGCUCGGUAAAAACCAAGUUAAAUCGA